AUGAAACAAGUCACAGUUCUACUUGGGUGUGUAUUGGGACUUUAUGGGUCGUUUCUUUCUUGGUCCGUGCUCCAAGAGAGAAUCAAUACCAAACCAUAUGGAAAUAAUCCCUCUACCGGCCAUCCUGAUUUCUAUAAAUCACCAUUGAUCAUCAACACUGUUCAAGCACUUUUCGCCAGUAUUGUUGGUUUCGUAUAUUCCGUCAUAAGUUCCAAGUCAAGUCCUUUCACCAUCUUCACCAGGAACGAGAAGAAGCAUUCUUCCGUGUACUUGAGGUCUCUUUUCAUCCUUUCAUUGACCCUGAGUAUUUCAUCACCAGUAGCAUACCAGCUGCUCAAACAUGUCGAUUAUUUGGCGUUUUUGUUAGCCAAAUCUUGCAAGCUCAUACCAGUCAUUUUGGUUCACCUGGUUUUGUACCAGACCAAAUUCCCCUUCUACAAAUAUGUUGUUGCUGGUGCCGUGACGUUGGGGGUGGUGGUGUUCACAUUUGCCAACUCUUUGCGGCCCGAAAAAGUCAGCAUGAACGACGGAAACACAGCAUUGGGGCUUUUCCAGCUCGUGGCAUCAAUGGUGUUGGACGGGCUAACAAACUCAAGCCAGGAUCAGCUCUUUAAAUGGGCGAAUACCGCUAAGCCUAAAGUCAAGCUCACCGGCGCCAGGCUAAUGUGUAUCUUGAACGCCUUCAUCUUUAUAAAUUCGCUUGCUUUCACGGCCCUCUUUAGGUUCGACAGCGAAAUUGCAUACACAUACAACUUUGCUAAGCAUUAUCCUCAGGUAAUUAUGCAUGUUGUCCAGUUUGGCUUGUUGGGCGCAUUGGGUCAAGUUUUCGUGUUUAUCAUUCUCGAGCGUUUUGACUCGCUCAUCCUCAUCACAGCUACUGUGACAAGAAAAAUGAUCAGCAUGAUGCUCAGUGUGGUUUUGUUUGGCCAUGUUUUAUCACCUACUCAAUGGACCGGAGUGCUGCUAGUAUUCAUGGGCAUUGGCUAUGAGGCAUGGAUGAGCAGUCUGGAAAAAAGCAAAAAGGCAGCGCAGACAGAGAAGGAGAAGAAAUCACAAUGA